AUGACGGAUGAGAGUUCUCCUGGUGCUAAAAAUCGAGUACUCAAAUUGUCCGUUGCAGAUUUCGGAGGUGUGCUAGAUACCAGCAAAAUAAUUAUCGACGAUACAGAUUUCGACGACGAUACUGGUACCGAGCUUGGUUUAGUAGUAAACCGUCAGGGACAAAAGGACGCUUUACUAAACCUAGAAAGAUUAUUAGAGGACCAUUUACCCAAUAAAUACCAAGUAAAAUAUCCUGAUGAAUUUGAUUAUGAAAAAGGACCGGAUGCCGAUUUUAUUGACUCAAUUAGCGAUUUAGGCGACCCGCCUUCUACUACCAACCCAUAUUUGCAUUUUUCAGGACAUCUUCUAGGUCUUGGAGUAAAGAAAAAGUCAGAAUUUGCGAUUUUAGCCGGUGCUGGCGGCGGAGGCUAUGAGCAAGGUGAUGUGACAGAGAUCGAAAAGGAACCGGGUUUCUACAAAGGAUUUCCGCUAAUUGACCCCAACUUAAAAGCCACUCCUGACCCGACUGACGAUAAUAAAUUUAAAGUUGAGAAAAUUGACUCGGAUAAACCGGUCCGCUUCAUCAAAGAAAAUAUUGAUAAUUUUCGGGCGUUUGCUACUGGCUAUACUGGUUCAAACAGCGAUAUAUUUACGAAAGAAAAGACCAUUAAGGAUAGAGAGGGAAAUGACGUUCAG